UGUUAACAACUUUAACCAAACAGCCACCGCUCACGGAAAAUCCAGCACUCAAGCAACCAUUUUGCCGAGGCGAACUCGGAGAUCCACAAAUUCCCGAUUUCAAUCAGCCUACAACCAUAGUUCUAAACAAAUUCGCGUUCAGUAUUAAAAGAAAAUAAACGGAAAUGCAACCCUAAUGUGAGUGCUCAAGAGUUAAACAGUUGCAACAAGUUGUUGCUCCACGUUGAUUCGGUUCGUUCUAUGCGGAAACGGAAGCCGGUCGUCAACGCUGCGUAUGUGUAAUAAUUGCCAACGGCCGACAGCGCGGCGUAUACUCAAUAUUCCUGCCAGAACUAUGCACUCUGUUCAGUUGACAACGCUGCGUAUGUGCAAUGCUCAGCCGAAGGUGGUCAACGCUGCGUAUGUGUAAUAUUUAAAUUCAACGAAUUUCAAAUUACAUUCGAGAUAGAUAUUUUUGGAGUGCGAAUUUUUGUAAAAAUUUGAUUUUUAAGAAACCCAAAAACCCGUGUGCCGAAGAACAGUAAUCAUCCGUUUCUGAGCAACUCCGUUCGCGUGUGUGUAUCUGUGUGUAAAGUGUUAGCAACGUCCUUGUGCCUCCUACAACCACAGCCGCAUCCGAAUACAUAGAACCAAGUUACACCUACAUCUAUGCAUAUACUAUAGCGUGCGUAAGUCGUUACGUCGCUAGCGUCGUCACCUGGCCACUGCGCAAACGCCGGAAAAAGCGAGUGAAGGAAGGCAAGUUCAAGUCUAAGGACACCGCACAACGACAACACCAACAGCUGUGGCAAGGACAGGAAAAAUGAGGCCCGAUUAUAACUAUUGCAAUCAAAGCUUCUGCCCGAAAGGAGUGGGUCACUGCCACGGUAGCCAACACAACUGAGGGCUAAAACUGGAUCACCAGCGCCGCUCAGGGCGCCAAACAGGUGCCUAUCUAGAGACCGUAUAAUAUCUGAUCUGUGUUGUGCCGUGUCCCUUGUGUGUUUUACGUUUGUGUGUAUCUCCAUCAACACCAUCAUCAUUUCUGGGGUUCUUUAACGAGGAAUCGUGGUCUAUGAUGCGCGAUCGGCUUGCCUCGCUGAUUGUGGUGAAGCAAGAGGGCGGCAGCAAUCCGAGUAUAGGCCAUCAUAUCAGCCAUAUCAGCCACCAUCCGCCGUCGGCCGUCAAGUGCGAGGCCUCACUGUACACAGAGAGCAGUCUGUUCCAGGAGAUCAACAACAACUCCUGCUACAGGCAGAACCUUAACUCACCGGCACAGAAUCAGCCACACCAGCCACAUUCCACACAGCAACAGCAACACGCACAGCAGCAACAGCAGCACACACACCAGCAACACCUGCUGCCGCCACCCUUGCCGACUUUGCCUUUGAUUUAUCCCUGCCGCAAUCUCUUCCCCGACGGUUGCGAUAUCAAUCACCUGGCCUGCUGCAGUUCCUCCAACUCGAACUCCGACUCCGCCCCCACAUCCACUUCACCCGACAACAGCCACUUUUUUGCCAAUGGAAGCACGUGUGCAGCGGCAAUAGCAGCAGCAGCAGCAGCAACACUAGCCACUGGGGCGAGGAAAAUAAAACCACUCGGUGCGGAGAAAUUGAAAGUCGAGAUAACUGACAGCAACAGCGACAGCCGAGCAACAGUAGCUGCCAGCACCUCGGCAACAUCUGCGACAGCGACGACAAUUGCUGUUACAGCAGCAACAGCAGCAACAUCAGCAGGAACCGCAGGAGGAGCCCCAGCAGCAACUGCAACAUCAACGGCAGCGGCGACAGCAGCAAUCCACACAACCAAAAUCAGCCAGCUGAGGCUCAAUAACCAAGCGACAACAAGCAUGUUACUUUUGCAACCUAAUAGCUCCUUUAGUUCAUUGUCGCCCUUCGAUAAUUUCUCCACGCAAACCGCCUCGACGACCACCACAACGUCGGCAUCGGCAGCUGGACACCACCAAAUCCACCACAACCACCUCCUCCAUCAGCAACAUCACCACCAGCAGCAGCAGCAGCAGCAACAGCAGCAGCAGCAACAGCAGCAGCAACAACAGCAGCAACAACAGCAGCAGCAACAUCUGCAACAGCAACACCUUGUAAGCCCGCAGCAACACCUGCUCAAGUCGGAGACGCUGCUCUCCCAUGAGGAGGAUCAGUUGAUCAGCAACCUGACCGACGCGUCUGUGGUCUCGCACAGCGAACUCUUCUCGGAUCUCUUCUUCCCCUCUGACUCGAACAACUCCCUGCUCUCCCCGACCACCAGUGGCUAUCCGGAAAAUCCCGCCGAGGACCUCACCAGCUCCAUUGAGAAUCUCACCAAGUUGACUUGCCUGCGGGACAAGCGGCUUUCCUCAAUCCCCGAGCAGCAACUGAGCUCCGAGCAAGAGCAGCAACUCUGCCUGCUGAGUCUGCGAUCCAGCAGCGAUCCGGCUAUUGCAUUGCACGCCCAGCAGCAACAGCAACAGCAGCAGCAGCAGCAACAACAGCAGCAGCAACACCAGCAGCAGCAACAGCAUCAACUCCAGCUGAUCUCGCCCAUUGGAGGGCCCCUAUCCUGUGGCAGCAGUUUGCCCAGCUUCCAGGAGACCUACUCUCUGAAGUACAACAGUAGCAGUGGGAGCAGCCCGCAGCAGGCGUCCUCUUCCUCCACCGCUGCCCCCACGCCCACUGACCAGGUGCUGACCCUCAAAAUGGACGAGGACUGCUUCCCGCCGCUCUCCGGCGGCUGGAGUGCCAGUCCGCCUGCUCCUUCGCAGCUCCAGCAGCUGCACACCCUCCAGUCCCAGGCCCAAAUGUCGCAUCCGAACAGCAACAACAACAACGGGGGCAACGGCAACAACAACAACAACAACAACAGUGGAGGCUACAACUACCAUGGGCACUUCAAUGCCAUCAAUGCCAGCGCCAAUCUCUCGCCCAGCUCCUCGGCCAGCUCCCUGUAUGAAUACAAUGGCGUCUCCGCAGCGGACAACUUUUACGGACAGCAGCAGCAGCAACAGCAGCAGAGCUACCAGCAACACAACUACAACUCGCACAAUGGCGAGCGCUACUCGUUGCCCACGUUCCCCACGAUUUCAGAGUUGGCUGCGGCGACGGCGGCUGUGGAGGCGGCGGCGGCCACCAUCUCCUCCCCCUCAUUGGGCGGCCCUCCCCCUGUUCGACGAGCAUCGCUGCCCGUACAGCGAACUGUCUCCCCGGCCGGUUCCUCAGCACAGAGCCCGAAGAUGGCCAAGAUCACGCUGGGCCAGAGGCACAGUCAUGCCCAUCCCCUCCAGCUUAGCUCGGCUCCCAACUCGGCGGCCAGUUCACCGGCCAGCGCGGACCUCCAGGCGGGUCGCCUGCUCCAGGCUCCAUCCCAAUUGUGUGCCGUUUGCGGCGACACGGCCGCCUGCCAACACUACGGAGUGCGAACCUGUGAGGGAUGCAAGGGAUUCUUCAAGCGGACCGUCCAGAAGGGCUCCAAGUACGUCUGCCUGGCGGACAAGAACUGUCCGGUGGACAAGAGGCGUCGCAAUCGCUGUCAGUUCUGCCGAUUCCAAAAGUGUCUGGUUGUGGGCAUGGUCAAGGAGGUGGUGCGCACGGAUUCGCUGAAGGGACGCCGCGGACGGCUGCCAUCGAAGCCGAAGUCUCCCCAAGAAUCGCCGCCAUCGCCUCCCAUCUCAUUGAUCACGGCACUGGUGCGCAGCCAUGUGGACACCACACCGGAUUCCUCGUGUCUGGACUACAGCCACUUCGAGGAGCUGUCGAUGAGCGAGGCGGAUAAGGUGCAACAAUUCUACCAACUGCUGACCAGUUCCGUGGAUGUGAUCAAGCAGUUCGCCGAGAAGAUUCCCGGCUACUUUGAUCUACUGCCCGAGGAUCAGGAACUGCUCUUCCAGAGCGCCUCGCUGGAAUUGUUUGUCCUCCGGCUGGCCUAUCGCGCCAGGAGCGACGACACCAAGCUGAUCUUCUGCAAUGGCACGGUGCUGCACCGCACCCAGUGCCUGCGAUCCUUUGGCGAGUGGCUCAACGACAUCAUGGAGUUCAGCCACAGCCUGCACAACCUGGAGAUCGACAUCUCCGCCUUCGCCUGCCUCUGCGCCCUAACCCUGAUCACAGAACGCCACGGCCUGCGGGAGCCGAAGAAGGUGGAGCUGCUGCAGAUGAAGAUAAUCGGCAGCCUGCGCGACCAUGUCACCUACAAUGCCGAGGCCCAGAAGAAACAGCACUACUUCAGCCGCCUGCUGGGCAAGUUGCCCGAACUGCGGUCCCUAAGCGUCCAGGGGCUGCAGCGCAUCUUCUAUCUGAAGCUGGAGGAUCUCGUACCGGCGCCAGCCCUCAUCGAGAACAUGUUCGUCACCACAUUGCCCUUCUAAGGGGGAACAGGCGUAUCACCAUAACUUUGCUUCCUUAAACUAGAACUAAGCUAUAUAUACCUUAUGAUUUACAUAGGAAGGUCCCAACUAGCUUUAGUAGAACCCUGAAAUAUAUAAAUCUCACAAAAAUAAAA